GGCGUUGGUACGCACCUGGCCCGCGCAGCCCCAGGUGUCUUGAACCUGUAGGUCUCACGUUCCUGAGCCGUGGGAGGACUCCUUGAGAGCCGGGAGAUGAACUCAGUGGUCUUUGAGGAUGUGGCUGUGGACUUCACCCUGGAGGAGUGGGCUCUGCUGGAUGCUGCUCAGAGGGAGCUCUACAGAGAUGUGAUGCUGGAGACCCUCAGGAACCUGGCCUCAGUGGAUGAUGAGACUCAAUUUAAGGCCAAUAGGUCAGUUUUUCAGCAGGAUAUUUAUGAGAAUAAACUAUCCAAGGAAGAUAAAAUAGCUAAGUUCACCAGAAAUUCUUGGGUCUCCAUCUUAGGAAAAAUUUGUGAAGAACUUAGUGUUGAAGAUCAGCACACAAACCAGAGGAGAUACCCGAGAAAUCAUGUGGUGGAGAGACUCUGUGAAAGUAAUGAUCAGUGUGGGGAAAGCUUAAGUGAGAUUUCAAAUCUUAAUCUGUACCAGAAAAGUCUUCCUGAAGUAAAACAGUAUGAGUGCAGUACAUAUGCAAAAGUCCCCAUGCAUCACUCAUCCCUCAGGAGUCACGUUGCCAUCCACACUGGACGCAACCCAUAUCAAUGUCAGGAAUGUGGGCAGGUCAAUAGUUACUGUUCACACCUAAGAAUGCAUAUGAGAACCCACAAAGAGGAGAGGCCCUACGAAUGUAAGUUAUGUGGAAAGACCUUUCCUCGUACUUCUUCCCUCAAUCGGCAUAUAAGGAUUCAUACUGCAAAGAAAAACUAUGAAUGUCAGCAAUGUGGGAAAGCCUUCAUUGAUGUUUCAAGUCUUACUAGUCAUGUGAGAACGCACACUGGAGAGAAGCCCUAUAAAUGUAAGGAAUGUGGGAAGGCCUUCAGCUAUUCCUCAACUUUUCGAAGACACAUGAUAACACACACUGGAGAGAAGCCCUAUAAAUGUCAGGAAUGUGGGGAAGUCUUCAGCUAUUCCUCAACUUUCCGAAGACACAUGAUAUCACACACUGGAGAGACACCACAUAAAUGUAAGGAAUGUGGAGAAGCCUUCAGUUACUUCUCAGCUUUUCGAAGACACAUGAUAGCACACACUGGAGAGAAACCCUAUGAAUGUAAACAGUGUGGGAAAACCUUCAUUUAUCUCCAGUCCUUUAGAAGACAUGAAAGGAUUCACACCGGAGAGAAACCCUAUGAGUGCAAGCAGUGUGGGAAAACCUUUAUUUACCCCCAGUCAUUCCGCAGACAUGAAAGGACUCACGGUGGAGAGAAACCCUAUGAAUGUGACCAGUGUGGGAAAGCGUUCAGCCAUCCCUCAUCCUUCCGCGGACAUAUGAGAGUGCAUACUGGAGAGAAACCUUAUGAAUGCACUCAAUGUGGAAAAACGUUCAACUGGCCCAUAUCCUUACGAAAACAUACAAGAACACACACUAAAGAGAAGCCAUAUGAAUGUAAACAAUGUAGAAAAACCUUCAAUUUGCCUGCUUGCAUUCGAGAACACGUGAGAAUACAUCCUGGAGAGAAACCGUAUGAAUGCAAACUGUGUGGGAAAGCUUUCUAUUGUCACAUAUCCUUACAAAAACAUAUGAGAAGGCACACUGCUGAGAAACUCUAUGAAUGCAAGCAAUGUGGGAAGGCUUUCAGCUGGCCUGAACUUUUGCAACAGCAUGUGAGAACACACACUGCAGAGAAACCUUAUGAGUGUAAGGAAUGCGGGAAAGUCUUCAAGUGGCCAUCCUCUUUACCAAUACAUAUGAGAAUGCACACUGGGGAGAAACCUUAUGUGUGUAAGCAAUGUGGGAAAGCCUUUAGUUUCCUCAUCCUUAAGAAGACAUAUGAGAACACACACUACAGAAAACAACUACACAUAUAACAUGGGAAGUCCUGCAAAGGAAUUCAGAGACAGUACUACAGAAAGUUCACACCAAGAGAGAAAUCUUACGAAAGUUGUAAGU